AUGUCUUGGCAAAUACCAAAUGGAACGAUAUUUUUCUUUUUGCGGGUACUAAUUAGUGUUCUCAAAAAAGGAAACUACCAAAAGUUAUUAGUGGUUUUUGAUGGUGGUGGAACUAAUUUUCGGGAAAGGAUUUUCUCCCAGUACAAAGCCCAUCGGGUAGCAGAUGAUAUAAUUGCUUCUUUUGUUAGUCAAAAACAGAGUAUGAGUUUUUUUGACGUCUUUACUCGCGACAAAGAUUUGUUGCAAUUAAUUAAUGAGGAAGUGAAUAUUUUAAAAUAUAUUGACAGCAAAAUUACUCUUUAUACUCAGGAGAAUUUCCGUCAAGAAUAUGGUUUUCCCCCAAGUAGUUAUAUUGAUUAUUUAAGCUUAUUAGGAGACAAUGUUGACAAUAUUGAAGGGAUAAAAGGCAUUGGACCAGUCAGUGCCAAAAAUCUAAUUCAACAAUUUGGCACGGUAGAAAAUAUCUAUCAACAAAUAGAUAAUGUGCCAGAAAACUCCAAAAAAUUAUUAGAAGAGUCGGACUCGAACCGACACUUGACGGGUCUUGAAUCCGUUGCCUGCUACCAUUGGGCUAUCUGGGCGAAUUGUUAA